AUGGAUCCCCUCCAGAAAUGGGACUCAGCAUUGAUUUCUGGGUCUUCUCAAGUGACCAUUGUGGAGACCUCCCAGGAAGGCUCUGCAUCCUCUCACCUCAUCUCCUUAGAACAGCUGAGGUUGGACCUCAGUGGCCUGAGCACCAACCCUGGCUCCAGCGCCCCUACACCUCUGGCAGAGGGGCUGCUCCAGAGGCAGUGCAUGGAGCAGAAUAACUUCCUGGAGCAGCACUGUGGACUCCUGGGUUUCCCUCAGAAGAAGAAAGCAUUCCUGGGACACUUGAGACGAAGGCGCCGAGAUCACAGGGCACCUUACCCAGUGGAAAAGGACAGCAGGAUCUUCCGCUCAGGCAACAGAGCUCAGAGUUGGUUCCGAUGUGAAUGUUGGUAUUGCCAGGCCCGUGGGCAAAAUAUUAUUGGGGAAAGGGAUGGGGCCUCCAAUCCUUCCUCCUGGGAUACACUAGUGCAGGGACUUGGUGGCCUUACGCUCAGCCUGGGAGCUGAGAGAAGCAGCGUCCUGCCAGAGGAGGCGCAGCAGCAGCAGCCUCAGCAGCAGAGGCUGUGGCAGCCAGAAGAGAAGUGCCAGCGGGAAAGCAAGAAGAGGUUCCAGAAGCUGUUCAAGCAGUGGUUGGAAGAAAACUGA